UUAGAUUAACAAGCAAUCCUUUCAGCCCAGGUCCGUGGCCGUAGGGUAGUUGGUAGUGGUCCUGAGACUGCACCCACCACCAACGCGGGCAGUAUGUACGACAACCAUUAUGACCCAUAUGGGCAGCCACAAGGCCAGCAGCCUCCGCCACAGCUGUUCGAGGAUACCAGUGGUCAGAACUAUGGAUAUGGAAACCAAGCUGGUUACAGAGGGAAUAAUUAUGGGUAUCCCCAAGGGGGUGGACCACCACCUUCAGGAGGUCAAGGUGGUAAUGCUCAAGGGGGGGCGGGAUACCCUCAGUACCCAGGUAUGCCAGGACCUCAGAUUUUCCAGGACCCAAUGGUCGCUAAAUAUGGCCAUGCAGUAUGGCCAGAGUUUGGUGGGUCAAGGGCGAGAGUAUGUGGACACAGAAUUGGAGAAAUAUGUCUCUAUGACCCAAUUAAAGUAUUAUUUCGCUGUCGACACACGCUACGUCAUGAAGAAGCUACAACUACUGUUUUUCCCCUUCACACACUCGGACUGGAGUGUACGCUACAACCAAGAGGAGCCAGUGCAACCCCGCUAUGAGAUCAAUGCUCCAGACUUGUAUAUUCCUUUAAUGGCUGUUGUAACUUACAUCUUAGUGGCUGGUCUCUGUCUUGGCCUUCAGGAGAGUUGCCGGGACUGCAGUGUGAAGAACAUCAGGUAACAUCUUAGCUGUGUG